AUGACCCAAGUCGCUGAAGUUAAUCACACCAUGUCCAACGAGCAACAAACUAGCGUGGGCGAACAAGAGCAGGCAACGGAGUACCAUGAGAGCAUGGUCGUCGAGGAAGAUGAGGACUACUCUGCGGGACCCGUUCCGAUCCAGCAGCUGGUAGGCAAUGGGAUCACGCCCCAAGAUAUCAAGAAACUGAAAGAGGCGGGCUUCCAUACUGUGGAGUCCAUCGCAUACACUCCCAAGCGACACAUCGUUACCGUCAAGGGAAUUUCUGAGCAGAAGGCGGAUAAGCUGCUCAUGGAAGCCUCGAAGCUGGUGCCACUCGGGUUCACCACCGCAACAGAAUUUCAUCAAAGAAGAUCAGAGCUGAUUUGUCUCACAACAGGCUCUAAGCAGCUGGAUACCCUUUUGGGAGGUGGCGUUGAGACGGGAGCUAUCACCGAGGUAUUUGGAGAAUUUAGAACGGGAAAGUCGCAACUUUGCCACACGCUUGCCGUCACCUGCCAGCUUCCCAUUGAUAAUGGAGGAGGUGAGGGAAAAUGUCUGUACAUUGACACCGAAGGCACUUUUAGACCCAUCCGGCUGGUUGCCAUAGCUAGACGGUUUGGGCUUGACGAGAAUGAGACCCUAGAUAAUGUCGCCUACGCUAGAGCUUACAACGCAGACCAUCAAUUGCAGCUUCUGCACCAGGCUGCCAGUAUGAUGACCGAGUCGCGCUUCUCUUUAUUGAUUGUGGACUCUAUAAUGGCACUCUACAGGACCGAUUAUAGCGGAAGAGGGGAGUUAAGUGCCAGGCAGAUGCACGUGGCAAAGUUCAUGCGUACGCUUCAGAGACUUGCCGACGAGUUUGGUAUUGCCGUGGUGAUUACGAACCAAGUUGUUGCGCAAGUCGACGGAGGAGCGAUCUUCAAUCCAGAUCCAAAGAAGCCUAUUGGAGGAAAUAUUGUCGCCCACUCGUCGACAACAAGAUUAUACUUCAAGAAAGCCAAGGGUGCAAACAGAAUUUGCAAGAUUUACGAUAGUCCCUGUCUCGCAGAAAGCGAGACUGUGUUUGCAUUGGGCCAGGGCGGAGUCAUCGAUCCUUCAGACGAGACUGAGGCCGCCGAGGAUGAAUAA